AACUAGACAGACAGACAGACAGACAGGCCACACGCUCGUUGCAUUUAACGGACAACGCCGUUCCAUCCACUCUCCAAACAAGUAAAAAAACUCCAAACUCCUUUUUCUCAAAGCCACAUGCAAAGCCAAAGUCAAAGGCGAGAAAGAUCUCCUUCAUUUUUUCUCAUACCUUUUGGUUUUUAGGCAUCAUGGGUGGCAAUGUAAAGCGUGAGAUUGUUGAGCCGUUACCCAAUCGACGAAACGCCGCCGUUUCCGGCGUUCCUCCCGCGGUAAUCGAACUCAGUAGCAGCAGUGAAAGUAGCAGUGGUAGCGGGAGUGAGUCGGAAUCCGAGAUGGAUGCAAAUAGUGUCAUCUCUAAGAGACCGAGGGGUCCUAGUGGUGUUAAUGGAGGUACUGAGAAGAAGAAGAGGAGGAAGAAGAGGAGGAAUUUUGAGGAUUUAGGGGUUGUGUUGCCGUUGGGAUUUCUUGCUCCAAUUACGCCGCCGCCGGAUUCGGAGACGCCCUCUGAAGCGGAGAUCAUGGCGGUGGAGUCGACGGAGAGUAGGAGAGUGAGUUUGACUGGUCAAAGUAGUAAGCAGUUCUGGAAAGCUGGUGACUAUGAGGGUGCUCCUCGAGCUAAUUGGGAUUCAUCUUUUGGUGGAAUGGAUCAUGUUCGGGUUCAUCCAAAAUUUCUGCAUUCUAAUGCAACUAGUCAUAAAUGGGCGCUCGGAGCUUUCGCGGAACUUUUGGACAAUGCGUUGGAUGAGUUUGGCAAUGGAGCCCGGUUUGUUAACAUAGAUAUGGUUGAAAGUAAGAAGGAUCAGAGCAGAAUGCUUUUGAUUGAAGAUAACGGUGGUGGAAUGGAUCCAGAUAAACUGCGACAAUGCAUGUCUUUGGGUUAUUCUGCAAAAAGCAAAGUGGCUAACACCAUUGGACAAUAUGGCAAUGGGUUUAAGACAAGUACCAUGAGGCUUGGAGCAGAUGUGAUUGUGUUUUCACGUUGUCAGGGAAAAGAUGGCAAAUUUCCUACACAGAGCAUUGGAUUGCUAUCAUACACUUUUUUGAGGAACACAGGGAAAGAAGAUAUUGUGGUGCCCAUGCUUGACUAUGAAAGAAAGGGACGGGAAUGGAGCAGGAUGUUUCGGUCUUCUACUGGUGAUUGGAAUAGAAAUGUGGAGACAAUAGUUCAUUGGUCUCCAUUUUCCAGUGAGGCAGACCUUCUUCGCCAGUUUAAGCUUAUGUCAGAUCAUGGGACACGCAUAAUUAUAUACAAUCUUUGGGAGGAUGACCAGGGAAUGUUGGAACUUGAUUUUGACUCUGAUCCUCAUGAUAUCCAACUAAGAGGCGUCAAUCGAGAUGAGAAGCAUAUACAAAUGGCAAAAGAGUUUCCCAACUCCAGACACUUCCUUACUUAUAGGCAUUCAUUAAGGAAUUAUACAUCAAUUCUCUAUCUCAGACUGCCUCCCAGCUUUCGAAUCAUUCUCCGUGGAAAAGAUGUUGAGCACCACAAUAUAGUGAAUGAUAUGAUGCUAUCUCAAGAGAUAACGUACCGGCCACAACCUAGUGCUGACAGUGUUCCGAAAGACACAAAUCAGAUGACUGCUGUCGUCACCAUUGGCUUUGUGAAGGAUGCAAAGCAUCACAUCGAUGUUCAAGGGUUCAAUGUUUACCACAAAAAUCGACUAAUCAAGCCAUUUUGGAGGCUUUGGAAUGCAGCUGGAAGUGAUGGACGUGGAGUUAUUGGUGUGUUGGAAGCUAAUUUUAUUGAGCCAGCUCAUGAUAAGCAAGGAUUUGAACGCACAACAGUUCUUGCAAGACUUGAAGCUCGAUUAGUACAAAUGCAAAAGCAUUACUGGUGCACUUACUGCCACAAAAUUGGUUAUGCUCCAAGGCGAAAUAAGAAACUGAUAAAUGAGUCAGAUAGAGUUGUCUUUCCAAAUGAAGAGAAUUCUCCUGAUGAUCUACCACCCACAUCUUCUCAAUCUAGAAAGAAGUAUACUUGUUUGAGCAGUAAGAUAUUCCCCUCACAUUCUAACCGUGGGUAUGUUAAUGGAAAUGCCUUCAAUAAAGGGAAUAUUAGAACAAAGACCCCAACCAAAUUGGGAAAAAACACUGUAUCUUCGGGACCUUCACCUCCUGCUCAAGAUGAGAGUAGUGAAGAUGAUGAGCGUGUUGCUCUUCUUAUGAGAGAAGCAAAUGGGAGCACUCAAGAGACCACUCCUACUAACAAGUCUUUUGACAAAAAUGGGUUGCCUAAAACAUGUUCGUCCUCAUACUUUGAAGAUUCUGGAGGGGCACAAAUAGACACAAGAUCCCAACCAAAGGUGGGUUAUGUUGAUAAGAGGGAUCAUGCCCUUGCUCAUUUGAAACAAGAGAAUCGUGAGCUAAAAGAAAGAUUACAGAAACUGGAAGGAGAGACUCAAGGGAAGUACAUGAGUGGUUUUCAGUGUGAGAAGUGUAAAUCACUUGAGAUACAGUUGCAGGAAGCACAGCAAAAACUUGAAGAAUCGAACAAGGAACAGGAAAGUCUGAUUGAUAUAUUCUCAGAGGAGAGGGACCGACGAGACCAGGAGGAGGAGAGUUUGAGAAAGAAGCUAAAGGAUGCAUCAAAUACUAUUCAGGAGUUGCUCGACAAGGUCAGGCUGUUGGAGAAAAGAUGAAAUCUCAUCUCAAAGGACUAUGCUUGAGAGCACUUCGUAUCAAUCUCCUCCACUGGUUAUCUUGUGCAUAUUGUAGUCUUCCUCUUUAGUGUCUGGUUUUCAUCAUGACCUUAAGCUGACGUAGCUUUCGAGAUUCGCUAACAUAGGAGCUGGGUUCAUGUUUUUUCUUCACUAAUCCCUUGUCUUUGCACUCUCUCCUGGCAUCCUGUUCUCUCAUUUCGGGCACAUUUCCUACUAUUUGUGCGGAGGAAAACGGGGAGAAGAAGAGCUCCAUUUGUGAUUGUAUAGAGAUCCCAUACCUUGAGCUGUAGGCACAUUUUUGUAAAUUCCGUAUAUAAAUCCCGCAUGCGUCUCCCUCUUACUUGAGUUUGGGUAAUCAUAACAGUGGAAAAUUAUCAUA